CAAUCGGUGGCGUUAGCCAUUUUCCAUCGAGGGGACACAUUUCCUUGGGAAAAUCGGUUUUGAGGUCGGGAAUAACGCAAAGGAAAAUCUAGAACUCUUUUGACUGUCGGUGAUUUUACAUGGUAUUUUAGGUGCAUUUUUCGAUCAAAAAGUUUUCCCGAGCGUCCGGGUAUAAUAAUAUAAGUACGGCCAUAUUUGGAUCGUUUUCGUUUUAUUGUGUGCACUACAUUUUUUUUGGACUAAUUAAGGGAUUAUUCGAGUGCCAGAUAAAUUCAAAAGUGAUACCGGAAAAGAAGUGUAUUUGUAUUAAGUUAGUGAACAUUUAUUUAAUGAGUGACAGUGGCGAUUCGUGGAAUAAUUAGGAAGUUAUCCGGCAUGCAUUAUUGGCGCUGACGUUGGGGCCCUGAAGAGUUUGCAAUGUGGUAGGCGGGGUCGGGGGGUUGCAGCCCCCCUCUCGACCUGGCGCCGCCAUCACGGAUCACCACGGCGACCGACACAGGUGCCCUGACGACGGGUCCCGGGCCACCACCGGUUGCACGGGGGGCGGCAACGGAACGACGACGGCACCGUCUUCUGGCGCUGCUGCGUCGUCUUGCCCCCCGGUACGCGGCGCUCCUGCUCCUUUGCGCGGCAACGGCAACGGUGCUGUUUCCGAACGGUAUCCGCUCGGGAAGGAUCGGCAGUCGUCGGUCGCGGCGACGAACGCUGCGCAACAACAACAGGCGCAGCACAAGUCACAAUCGACUGGAUACCAUCAUCAGGACAGGUACCUUUACAAUGAUCGAACACCAUGUUCGAGCACACCAACAGUACCACUCGGAAAUACCAAUAUUAGGUAUCCGACAUCCAGUAGCACAACCAACGGCGGUAGCGAUCGGUACAGUCCGCAUGGUAGCCUGGACCGGUACCAUCAUCUGGGUGCGACGUACUCGCGCACUUCCACUCCGUCAUCGGAACGGUACCUGGACAAAAACUACCAUUUGGAGACAGUGGAGGCGACGGCGCAAGCUACAGCCUGUACCAUCGAUAGGUACACUCCGACUGAACGCCAUCGGCGGAAUUCGAAGUCUGACGUUUACAAGAUUAGAGAGAGAUCGACUAGCUCGGAUAGGAAGGAAAGAUUACAGAGAGAACAUUUGCAGGGACGCGGACAGCAACAGUACGAUACAGCCAACAGUCAAUACGAAAGGCCGGCGACACCUUCGAUUUUGGCAUGUCCGCCGGCUCCGGCACCGUUCGGCGGACCUUCAUCGGCCGUUUCCGAACCCCCGUCGCCGGCGCCGGCUUGCGAUCGGUUCGUCGCCCCGCCGCCGGCCGACGGCGAACCGGAAACGACCGAUUGCUAUGCGCACGGCGCGUUUCCCAGUCCGAUCGCGCCCGCUUCGCAGGAACGGUUCGCGCCUCCGCCGCUACCUGCGCCCUCGCCCACCGAGGAUAGGCCUGCUAGUACUAAUAGUAAACAAAGAUAUCAUCAGCAAGAAAACAAGUAUCAUUACACUUCCCCUAACCAAUCUUCGGAUAGGUACUAUCAAUACAAGUUGCCUAGUGGUGCUAGUCCUACGCCCUCUAGCGGUGGCUACUAUCAAACGGUGAACAAUGGAGAUUUGAGGUUCAGCAAUGAGGGACAGCGUUACGUACCACCAAAUGCACACAUGCCAGUGGAAAGAUAUGUACCGCAACCUCAACCGCAAGAACCUUUUUACAACUCGUACCAGUCAACGUACGAGCGCUAUCCUAAGCCGUCAUUCGUUGGCAGUGAUCCGUACAUGCGUCGCGAUCUUACUUAUCAUUACAGAUUGCCAAUACAAUUUGGACAAAAUCAAUAUCAGAAAAUACGGUACUCGCAUUUGGGUACGCCGUCGCGAGCCAAAUGUUGUCAAUUCGAAACGACAGGGGCUCGUUCUAGUCCCGGUUCCAGUUCCAGUACGAGUUCGGUUGCGAGCGGAGGUCACGCUUCCAGUUUGCAAGACGUGCAGUGCCAAAACUAUCAAGUCCAUUACCAACAAGAAAAGUCCACUCAGUGUCCGAUCAACGCGUCAAGGACUCUGGUGCCGUGCCGACACGGCGGAUGCGACGGCGCAGUAGAAUACGUGGGGGCGAGCGGUGGCAGACGAAUAUGCGCGACGCCGCCUCCGAGGCCUCAGGAGCGGUGCGAGGGGUGUAUUCAGGCUGCUGCGCAGGCGGCCGCUUUGGCCGUGGCUGCGCAGAUCAAUGCGCAGCAGAAGAAUGGAAACAGGACGCAGCAACAGACUCAACUCUGGCGAUCUACUACUCCAAUCAACCAAGCUCCAACUCUCCAACCAAACGAACAACCAUCAACCGUUCAACUAACACCAAGACACAUGCAAACCAACCGAAGCCUCACCCCAACCAGCAACGUCAGAUCCCUAACUCCUACCGUUGGACUAUCCAGUUCGGGAACCGAACAGUCCGGACUUAGUUCCUCGCUGGACGAACGUCACGAAGACACUCCGCCUCGAAUCAGACACAGCUCAGCUUCUAGCUCCCAGACUAUUUUCAAUAACACGCCCCAAUCAGCUACCAACUUGCCCUCAAUUGGCCAAGUGCAGCAUGUAACGCCCACUUUGGCUGGUAACAGGGGCGUGGCCGCCGUUCAAAGGGCGGUUUCAAUGCCUGCCACUCCCGCUGCUGAGCCUAGCAGCUCUAGGACUCCUGCCAGAAGCGAAGAGAAAGCUGCUAAAAGGGUGAACUAUAGUCAGAGCGAGAGAGCGCCCAAUAGGCCGCCUUUGAACAGGUCGGUUAGUAGGAGAGAAAUGAUUAAAAAUUAUAUUAGGAAGGAGACUGCUAACUUUUUUGGGGUUGAUGAGGAGAAUGAGGAUGAGGAGCAAAAGAGAUGGUUGGAUAGGAGAAAACGGAUGGCUUCAAGAACUAUGGGGCCUCUGAAAGAAGAAUACGCUACAUUGAGCUACAGGCCUCAAUCUCAAACGGCUUCGCCCUUGCAUCUACGACAUAGGAGAACCGCUUCGGAGGCUGUGCCUCAAUCAAUCAAUUCUGGUCAGCUUAUUGCAGGAGGUCGGCCUGAUGUACUGCCAGGAGAUGUAGCAGACGGAAUUGAUCGGAUGGGGUCUGGAUUGAGGAGGAAAGAUUCUACACUCACAAGACACCGUCCUCGUCCGCGUUCCCAGCAAAGCACCUGGUCCAGAAGUUUUCCACCUGACGUCCCUCGAACGUCCCCACAAGAACGUCUAUCAUCGGCUCCGGAAGAAGAAGCUGAAGCCUUCUUUACCAAAUCGCGACCAACAUCAUUUGAAGGCGACACAGUCGAUCGUAGUGAAAGAGUGAGGGUGAUCGAGCCUGCUUAUAGAACCGACAGAGAUGUUAGGUAUUCUGCUGCAACAGUUGCGGCACCAGUAGGUUGGAGAGGAGACUUAGACGGGGUUGUACUCAGACAUCCCGAACAAAGAGCUGUUAUUGGCUCGUCUAGAAUAGCAACAAACACUUUGGAUAGUAUUUUGGAUAAUUCCGAUAGGAGACAAUAUGGAAUGGGAUGGGUUGGAAGAUUGUUUGGGCGAUCAUAUAGAAAAUCCGUAGUGGCAGACGCAAGGAUACAGGCCCAAUUAGACGACAUGGACGAUCACAGGCCGUAUUUCACCUACUGGGUGACCACAGUGCAAGUUUUGGUUUUGCUGAUAUCGAUUGUUUGCUACGGUUUCGGGCCGUUCGGGGUCGAUCUUCAGGCCAAAUCCAGUCAAGUGCUAGUCACUAGUCUUAGCUUACAGCAAGUGGAUUAUAUGGAACCUGCUAAUUUUUGGGGUGGUCCUAGAGCGGCAGAUCUGAUACAUUUAGGUGCAAAGUUUGCACCCUGUAUGCGAUUAGACGACAAAAUAACGCAACAAAUUGAGAAAACAAGGAAAAAGGAAAAAGAGACCGCGUGCUGCAUACGAAACGACGAUUCUGGGUGCGUUCAAUCGUCACAAGCCGACUGUUCGAAAACAAUAUCAACAUGGAAAAAAUGGACAUCUGGAGACGCAGGACCGGGAGGCCGAAUAUCUGGUUCCGUGUGCGGCUUAGAUCCAAAGUAUUGUGAUGCUCCGGCGAGCGUACAUCCGUACGAGUGGCCCGACGACAUCACAAAGUGGCCGAUUUGUCGCAAAACCAACAAUCAAAUUUCGAACGCGGCAGCCAAUAGGAGGGACAAGAGCGCGCCACGUGACAAAUUGGCCGAACACAUGGUCUGUGAAGUGUCCUGUCUGAAUGACGUAUGCGGUAUGAUGCCGUUCUACUUCCCGGACGUACCCGAUCAAUUCUACAGGCUGUGGACUUCGUUGUUUUUGCACGCGGGCGUUCUACAGCUGAUCAUCACGAUCAUGGUGCAACAUUUCCUGAUGCGAGACCUCGAAAAGCUGACGGGAUCGUUGAGGAUCGGCAUCAUCUACAUCGGAUCGGGAGUGGGCGGAAAUUUGGCCAGCGCCAUUUUCGUACCUUACCGAGCUGACGUUGGUCCUGCAGGCUCACAAUUCGGUUUGUUGGCUUGCUUAAUCGUCGAGGUCUUAAAUUCAUGGCCGAUGUUGAAACACCCUAACCAAGCGCUCUGCAAACUCCUAUCAAUCACGAUGUUGCUGUUUCUGAUUGGUCUCCUACCGUGGGUGGACAACUACGCUCACUUGUUCGGCUUCGUAUUUGGUUUCUUGCUCAGCUACGCUCUCUUGCCGUUCGUCUCCUUCGGCCACUACGACCGAAACAAAAAGGUAUUUCUGAUCUGGGUGUGCCUGCUCACCUCUCUGAUCUUGUUCGUCGUCCUGGUGUUACUGUUCUACAUAAUUCCCGUCUACGACUGCGAAAUUUGUUCGUAUUUUAAUUGUUUGCCGUUGACGAGGGACUUUUGCGCCAGCCAGAAUAUCAAUUUUAAAAGGGAAGAGCCUAUAGUAUGACAAGAGGUGUCGCGGCGGUAUGUCGCCAGUGUCGUCAUGGGUGUCAUGGCGCUAGGCGUCGCGACAUUAAUGACGGUGCCGUUGUUAACAUUGAAUAAGUGUCCACUUUUAGUAUUUUUAUUCAAUUGUGAUAUUGUGGUUUUUUUUUUUGUUACUGGCCUAAAAAGUUUACAAACUCUGAUACAAGUUUAAGGAAUACAAAAUUGCGAAAAUCAACAAUACAGAAAAGUCUUAGAACUUUGAAAUGCUUCCUCAAACUUGGUGUAACAAGUUUGAAAACUUUUAUUUUGAUAUUGAAUAUUGUUUAAUGACUUCUUCUAUUAUGUUUGUUGUUAAUGUUAUGUUUGAAUAUGUACAUACAAAAAAAAAAAAAACAUUCCUAUAUCAGUUUGCUCAAUUUUUGUUGGCCCAUUUUUUUUUUUGACACAGUUCAGCAAAUACAGUGUGCGUACAAAAGAAAUUGAACCAAGUGACUCAAAUUAUAUAUUGACAGUGCAAUCGUAUUUUACUAUUAUCUAAAAAAAGGACAUAAACUAUGUGAUAAAUAUUUAAACAAAAAGACUUUUGCUGCUAAUUAAUUAAAUUGUCCUUUAAUAAUAAUAAUAAUAAUAAUAUUUGUUUUGGAAAGGGUAUUUUUUAGUAUAAAACAAAUAAAAUAAGAGUUGAUUUUUGAUUUAAAAACAAAAUCAAAAAUCCCGUAUUUUAUUUAGAUUUAAAAAUUUGUUUGCAACGAAUUUUGCGCCAUCUAUAAGCUUUUUCCAAAAUAAAAAGGUGUACAUUUAACAAGUUUUUUAGCUUUAAAUCCUUAUAUUUGUAAUGAUCAGGAACUUAUGAUCUACUCCCCAAAAACCAAAAUCAUGUAUAAUGUACUUGUCAUUUCCCCUCCCCCCCCAAAAAAAAGUCUUAUUUAUAAUAUGAUGUACUUAAAAAAAAAAAUUAUCGAACAAAAAACAAAAAUAUUUUCAUUAUUAUUAUAGAAAACAAUGUAUCAUAAGUAGGACUUACUUAAGAAUGACUCAUGUUGUAAAUAUUUUAACGAAAGGUACCUUCUUUAAUUUUAGGUGUGAUUUUUUUCAAUUUCUUUUAGGAUGAAAUUCCUUCCCUUCCUCCAACAGUGCAUAAAAAAAUAUAAUAAUAAUAAUAAUAAUUACAUAAUUGUAAAGUAUUGUUUCCCUUUUUUUUUAUAAGAAUUUAGCUAUUAUAAUAUUUGUAACAUUGUGAUUCGUGUAAGUGAACCUAUAGCCGACAAUUUCCUUUUUAAUCAUCCGUUUCCAAAAACGCCCCCCGUUUUAAUUUUAGACUGAUUCCUUGGAUGGUCUUUUGUGUUUGUUGUUAAACACCGACAAAAAAAAAAAUAUAUGAAAAUAGAGGCAGAAUUUACUUUUGAAAUAGACUCAUUUGUAUCUUAACUAGAACGAGUCACACUUAAAGGGGUUUUUAAUUACUAAAAAGUUUUAGCAGGAUAUACAGUGUUGCCAAAAUGAGUCUAUUUUAGAUAUGUUUCAAAAUUAUGACUGACCUAUUUAUGAAUUUUUGAGAGUAAUCCAUUCUAAAGAAACCCUUGUAUGUACAGCGUCCCCCUUUGUAAUUAUCAGGUGUUUACACUAUUAAGACCAAAGCCUUACGAUUAAUAUAAUAUGAUAAAUAAAUUCUGCACAUAUUAUGACAAAAAUA